AUAAAAAGCAAAUCCAAAACUAGAUAAGGAGUUACAUUCAAGAGAGGAACAUCAGCUUCUUGGAGAGAUGGAAGGUCUUACAAUAGGUGGAGCAACUCCUUGUGUUUCUUCAUCACUUCGUAGAAUCUCUUCCAAAACAACCAAUUUUGCCUCCAGACUUACCCCAAAAGCCGUCAAGAAGCACAGCCUAGCCGCAUUUCAACCAGCAUUUCAUCUUUUCUCAACAAAUGUCCCCAAAAGGCACAUUAAAGCUCGUAUAUUCUUACCCCAUUUGGUUGCUUCUAUGGAAGAAGUGGAGCAGACUUAUAUCAUGAUUAAGCCUGAUGGUGUUCAAAGAGGCCUUGUUGGAGAAAUUAUAUCCAGAUUUGAGAAAAAAGGGUUUAAGCUUACUGGAUUAAAGCUUUUUCAGUGCCCCAAAGAAUUAGCAGAGGAGCAUUACAAGGAUCUACAGUCCAAACCGUUCUUCCCCAAGCUGAUUGACUACAUUACAUCUGGUCCGGUUGUCUGUAUGGGUUGGGAGGGUGUUGGUGUUGUUGCUUCAGCACGUAAGCUAAUAGGAGCAACUAAUCCUCUUAAUGCUGAGCCAGGCACAAUUAGAGGAGACCUUGCUGUUCAAACUGGAAGAAAUGUGGUACAUGGAAGUGAUAGCCCUGACAACGGCAAGCGUGAAAUAGGUCUUUGGUUUAAAGAAGGUGAAUUAUGUGCAUGGACAGCAGUUCAAGAACCUUGGUUGGUGGAAUAAUACCUUAGCGUUAUAUGACUCUUUCAUUGAAGUUUUGGAGGUUUGAGCUUAACUGUAAGAGAUCCAGAGUGAUAUCACUUAUUCGGCGUCUGUAAUACGAAAAUACAAGCACGUUAUUGUAUUAUUUUUGGCAUGGUUGGCCUGUUCAUAAAAAGAGGGCCACUACUGGAUUCUUAUUUUUUCCAACUUGAUGUCUAACUGCAGAAUUAAGUUUGUAAUUGUUAUGUUGGUUGUUAACUCA